GCUCUAAAAACCUCAGCCAUUAUGUAAAUGUGCAUCACUUAAACCCACCAAAGAGAAACAAAACGAAUCAGGAUUUGGUGGGAUUUCACUCUUCUUCCUCUACUCCUAAUCACGGUGAAUCAGACCCUUUAUUGAUUCCCGAUUUCCCUUAUGAAAACGUCACUGAAAUCUUCUCAAGACUGCCAGCCGGGGAAAUUCAAGUGUGUUUCAAAGCCAUGGCUUUCUUUGAUCUCAAGCCCACGGUUUCAUCAAAAUCCUUCUCAAGAUUGCAUCUGCAAGGAAUGAUUACGGAUACCAUGGUCUCAUUCUCAACAUAGAAGUCCCACGCCCUGCAUAUUGUCCUAGUUAUAAUGAGAUGUUUUCAAUUAGUUCUCUGUUGAAUGCACCCACCUCUGAGACUACCACGGGUAAGAUAUUUCGCAUUGAUUAUCCAAUGAAAUCUAAUCGCUCAUUUCAGCCUGUGGGUUCUUGCAAUGGACUAGUUUGCUUUCAGACUGGCGAAAAUGAAUUGUUUUUGUGUAACCCUUGUAUCAAAAGUUCUCUGACGUUGCCCAACUCAGGUAUGGAAAAGCCUCGUUGCAUUUUUUCAAAUUUCGGGUUCGGUUAUGAUAUGUCGAAUGAUGAUUGUAAAGUAGUCGGGGUGUUUGAUUUUCAUCAUAAUAGAUCUUAUAAGAUUAAAGUGUACAGUCUAAAGAAUAAUGCUUGGCACACUACGGAGGAUUUUAAGAGGGGGGUUCCGUGCUCGAGUUUGGUGAAUGUAUCCAUUGUGAGUGGAAAACUCUAUUGGCUCAGCAGUAUUGGUAGCUUUGAAUUGGCGGAUGAGAUAUACAGAGAUAUGGAACCCCCAAAUGCCGAAGCUAGUGUAGGUCACAAUGGACUUGGAGAGAUAGGUGGCUGCCUAUCUGUGUUUUAUGACAAUGGAAGAAGACAUAUGGGUGAUGGAGUCCUGGAUCAAGUUUUAUGACAAUGUUUAUUACUGCAUGGCUCGAUCAAUUUUGCACGCUAAGGAAUGGUGAAAUUCUAUUUGUCUUACGGUCAGUCUUCCUUCUUUAUGAUCCAAAUACUAAUACGCUCAGAAAGUAUUCACAGAUAGGUACCCUUGGAGAAGACACAGGUAAAAUUGCAGAAGUGAUUCUGUACGUAGAGAGCUUGGUUUCGCCUAAUGUCCAUGGCAGCGAACUGUGCUCAAAUGCUGGAGAAAGUUAGUGGAAAGAGCAUUGAUUAAUUAUUAUGUAGUAUUGUAUCUGACUUAUUUCAGUUCCUUUGCAAUUCGGAUUUCAUUUCUUUGAGCUAAACUGGGAGGGGGCAGAGACAGAAUGAAGCAGGGGACAUUUUCCUGAUCUCACCAUAUGAUAUGCCAUGUUGUCGCUUCUUUGGUUUGUUGCUUCUUUGUUUCUGUCCUUUCCAGGUUAAAUGAAGGAAUGAAAUUGAGAAAGAAAGCUACUUAGAUUCAUUUGAAGCCCCAAUAAUGUCGAUGAAAAUGACGC